CAAGCGCCAGACCAACCAAACGGUGAAAACCAUUUAUUAUCCCACUUUCAUCCACCCGUCCACUUUUUUCUUCUUCUCUUUUUCUCUUUUCUUGUAGAAGAGUUUUUUUCCAACUACCACUCUCAACUACUUUUAAAAAAACCCCACCGCGUCUUGUCCGGAUCACAGCGCCUCGCCUGUGAUCACUAUACUACCAACAACUCGCAAAUAUGGCUGACAAGGGAUUGGAAGAUCUUCCCGAGGGACAGAUCGAAUCUAACUACGAUGAGAUCACCGACUCGUUCGACGCUAUGGAGCUGAAGCCCGAGCUGCUUCGCGGUGUCUACGCCUAUGGUUUCGAACGCCCCUCUGCUAUCCAGCAGCGUGCCAUCAUGCCCAUCAUCAAGGGUAACGAUGUCAUUGCUCAGGCUCAGUCCGGUACUGGAAAGACUGCCACCUUCUCCGUCUCCGCUCUCCAGAAGAUCGACCCCAACCUGAAGGCUUGUCAGGCUCUGAUCCUCGCUCCCACCCGUGAGCUUGCUCAGCAGAUCCAGAAGGUCGUUGUCGCCAUCGGUGACUUCAUGAGCAUUGAGUGCCACGCCUGUAUCGGUGGUACCAACGUCCGUGAGGACAUGCAGGCCCUCCGUGACGGUCCCCAGGUCGUUGUCGGUACCCCCGGCCGUGUCCAGGACAUGAUUCAGCGCCGUGUCCUGAGAACGGACCAGAUGAAGCUGUUCAUCCUUGACGAGGCCGAUGAGAUGCUUUCUCGUGGUUUCACCGAGCAGAUCUACGACAUCUUCCAGCUCCUCCCCCAGUCGACCCAGGUUACCCUGCUUUCGGCUACCAUGCCCCAGGAUGUCCUGGAGGUCACCACCAAGUUCAUGCGCGACCCCAUCCGUAUCCUGGUCAAGAAGCAGGAACUUACCCUUGAGGGUCUCGCUGGUCAUCAACUACGACUUGCCCGCCAACCGUGA